AUGGCGACUCGAAUCGCCUACGCCUUCAUUCUCCUGGUCAACUCCAUUCUCUCCUGGAUCAUGCUUACCCCCUGGGCAAUCAAGAAGCUUCAGCACCUUACUCUUGAUUAUAUGACCUUCGACUGCGGCGGAGAGGAUCAUCCACAAUGCUACGGAUUCUUCGCCGUUCAGCGCAUUAAUUUUGCCCUGGGUUUAUUCCAUUUGAUCCUCGCAUUCCUUUUGCUGGGCGUCAAGAGCACCCGCGAUGGCAGAGCAGCGAUACAAAAUGGAUACUGGGGACCCAAGAUUAUUGUCUGGUUACUGCUGAUUAUUAUUUCGUUCUUCAUACCGGAGGGAUUCUUCCAAGUAUGGGGUAACUAUUUCGCGUUCGCUGGGGCAAUGCUCUUUGUGCUACUUGGCCUGAUCCUGCUCGUCGAUCUGGCACAUACCUGGGCUGAGCUCUGCCUCCGAAAUAUCGAAAAUGAGGACUCCCGCCUAUGGCGCAGCCUGCUCAUCGGCUCGACACUAGGAAUGUACUUUGCAGCUAUCGCGAUGACGAUCGUUAUGUAUGUCUUCUUCUCUGCAAGUGGCUGUUCCAUGAAUCAGGCCGCCAUCUCUGUCAAUUUGGCGCUCUUGUUGGGCGUCUCCAUAAUCUCGAUACAACCCGCAGUCCAAGAAUCAAACCCGAAGGCGGGUCUAGCACAGGCCGCUAUGGUGGCUGUGUACUGCACGUAUCUUACCAUGUCUGCAGUCAGCAUGGAACCAGACGACAAGAGUUGUAACCCCUUAGUACGUGCUCGUGGCGCUCGUACCGCAACAAUCGUUCUCGGCGCCAUCGUGACAAUGCUCACAAUCGCAUACACAACGACACGAGCAGCCACCCAGGGCUUUGCUCUAGGAUCGAAUGGGGCUCAAAACAGCUACGCGCAGCUACAAGGUGAGGAUUAUGAGCACGGGCUAGUUACCCAACAGCCAUCAACGCGCCGCGAGAUGCGCGCAGAAGCUCUUCGGGCUGCCGUCGAAGCUGGAUCGAUCCCCGCUAGCGCGUUAGACGAGAGCGACGACGAAUCGGACGAUGGACUUGAGGGGAAAGAUGAUGAACGCAACUCGACACAGUACAAUUACUCCUUAUUCCACGCCAUUUUCCUAAUGGCAACGUGCUGGGUUGCUACUUUGCUUACCCAGGGCAUGAAUGGCUAUAAGGACUCGGACUUUGCUCCUGUUGGACGAUCUUAUUGGGCCAGCUGGAUCAAGAUCAUUAGUGCAUGGGUUUGCUACGCGAUCUACGUAUGGUCGUUGGUGGCACCAGUUCUCAUGCCGGAUAGAUUUCGUAACUGA